UAUUAAUUAAAAAUUUUAUUUUAAUUUUUAAUUACUAAUUAUAUAAUUAAUCUAGGGUAUCGCUUUUCAUCUUCUCCAUUGUUACUGUUGCUUUUCCUCGUCGCCAUUUCUUCGUGCCUGCUUCGGUCUCGCGUGCUUCGCGUGUAGUAGCGUGUUGAAAGAGCCGCUAAAGAAGCUUCGGAGCUCGCUCGCUGCGGAGGUAACCAUCUUUAUCUCUUUUGCGCGCUUCUUCGGCCAAAUCCUGAAAAUCUGCCGAACUACAUGAUUUCCGGGAUUUUUAGGGCAAAAAGAGGGAAACGAGGAUUUGUUCCACCGUGAGAUUUACCGGGCGCUCAAAUCCCUUUUGGCAGGAUUUAUGAUAAAUCCUGUUGCCAAACAGCCCGUAAAAUUUUGGAGGUUUCAGAUGAUUAUUUAGUGGCAUGGGUUGUUUGCUUGUGUUUAGUCUGAGAUUUCAUGAAUGAUGUCUAGUGCUCGAAAGAGCUUUCUUGAUUCUUUCAGAUUGAAAUGGCAAUUUAGAAAUGAAUCUUCGAUGAACAUUCAUUUGCUGAGUGAUGAACCUCCAGAGAUAGAGUUAUCUGAUUAUAGAAGGCUGCCAGGCUCUGAUAUUGAGAACCCAUCAGAACUACUUGGUGGUGAAGGACUGAAAGCAGAGCCCAUUGCUGACUUAGAUCUGUUCUUUGAAAGUCUGUACAAUUAUUACUGCGAGAAAGGGCUCUUAUGUAUUGUGACUAAGUGGAUAGUUGAGCUGCUAACGAUAAUAUUUGUAUUAGGAUUCAUUUGGUUUUUCUUAUUGGUUGUUGAUUGGCAUGCACUGCGCAGUGCAAAAUGUGGAAUAGAAGCAGUUGAAUCAGGGCAGAAGCCUUGCGAUCUUGCAAAGGAAGUCAUUAAUCAUCAUCCAUUAGUUCCUUUCACAUUUACAAAAGGAGUCAUUGUUGGUUGCAUGAUUAUAUUGACUAUAUAUGGCCUCUUCAAUUUUUUGAAGUUCUUUGUGCAGUUCAAAAAUACACUGAAGAUUCGUCAUUUCUAUUAUUACAGCCUUCAUGUUACUGACCGGGAAAUGAGGACUUCCUCUUGGCCUACAAUUCUUGAAAAGGUGGUUCAAGUGCAAAAGGAGCAACAACUUUGUGUGGUAAAGGAUCUCUCUGCUCAUGAUAUUAUAAUGCGUAUUAUGCGCAAAGAGAACUAUUUGAUUGGAAUGCUCAACAAAGGUGUUCUUGCCCUUCCAAUCUCAUGGUGGGUUCCCGGAGCUGGCCCUCCUAUCAACUUGAAGGCAAGUGGAAAUAAAAAUCAUUUAAUAUUACCUAAAACACUCGAAUGGAUCCUCAAUUGGUGCAUAUUUCAGAGCAUGUUUGAUAGCAAGUUUUGUAUUCGAAGUGAUUUCAUCACAAAUCCUUCAUUACUUAGAAAGCGGCUUGUGGUGGUUGGGAUUGUAAUGUUUGUGAUAUCUCCAUGUCUUGUGAUUUUUAUGCUGGUAUACCUUUUCCUAUGGCAUGCUGAACAAUUUUACAACCAUCCAAGGACAGCAUCCUCCCGAAGAUGGUCUAACUUGUCAAAGUGGAUUUACAGAGAGUUCAAUGAGGUUGGCCAUUUCUUUAGACAUCGACUGAACAGUAGCGUGGUUCAUGCCUCGAAUUAUUUGAAUCAGUUCCCUUCUCCGCUUAUCUCAACAAUUGCCAAGUUCAUUUCUUUUGUGUCGGGUGGUUUUGCUGCCAUUUUGAUUAUAAUUGCUUUUCUGGAUGAGUCUCUUCUGGAGGGCCAGAUAUUUCGGCGCAACUUGUUUUGGUAUGCUGCUAUUUUUGGGACAGUGACCGCAAUUGCCAGGGCUAUGGUGACUGAUGAGCUUCAUAUCCUUGAUCCUGAAGGAGCAAUGGCUUUUGUUGUCCAGCAUACACAUUAUAUGCCAAAGAGAUGGAGAGGAAGAGAAAAUAAUGAUAGAGUUCGAGCAGAGUUCGAAACUCUUUUUCAGUACACCGGAAUGAUGCUGUUGGAGGAAAUGGCUUCGAUCUUUAUUACACCAUUUCUUCUUGUAUUUGUUGUUCCCAAGCGUGUGGAUGAUAUUUUACAAUUUAUUUCAGAUUUCACAGUGGAUGUUGAAGGUGUUGGCCAUGUCUGCAGCUUAAGCUUAUUUGAUUUUGAAAGACAUGGAAACAGCAAAUAUGCUUCUUCAUUUAAUGCUCCAAAAGACUUGAGGAGCUCCCAAGGGAAAAUGGAGAAAUCAUUCUUAAGUUUCCAGAGUGCCUAUCCUACUUGGGAACCAAAUUUACACGGUCAACAACUCCUCACUAAGCUACGAAAUUUCAGGGAACAACAACUGAGAGAUGAAAUGAAACAGGAUUCUUCUCCAAUCUGGAGAAGGCAGAUCAAUCAGAACUUACAGGUCCGUGGAGAAUUAAUCUACAGGUUUCCCUUCCGCAAACCAGAAAACAUUGGUGGCUUCCCUAUCUCCACUUAUAACCUGACCCCUGAUCUAAGGACCCUGGACUGUUACUACUUAGCUCAACCUCUGCAUUCCUUAGAUACUGAAACGGCCUUCGAGCCAAGCCGAGGACCAUGGCGACCGUACGCCCAACCUCCAUAUAGAGAAGAAGUUGAAAUCGAAGAACGAAACAGACAGCAAUCCCACAUGGAGGCCUCGACAUCGAGCCCUUUCUUCCAUGAAAACUCCUUCCAUCAAUAUGCGACAGAGCACUACCAUCCCAAGGAUUGGUGGAAUCGACCUCCGGUUGGAUCAGCUGGGCCUCAAGCCAGUUUCCUUGAGCCACCAUCUGUUUUCAACCACCAUACUUUCAGGCAAUACACUGAUGAUUUGUCAGAGAGAAGCGUCGACGAGGAAGGAAUCCGUGAUGGCAACGACGACGGUAGAUCUAAAAGGAACCUUCGGUCAUUGUGGAGGACGACUUAUAUGGAUGAUGAUGAUGGUGAUGGAGGAUUUGGUCUACAUUUCGCCGACGAACCAAAAAUUGAAAGAUCUCCAAGCUUGGUGUCUAAUGUUUAUGGCAAUCAUUUGGCAAAUCUUCCAGUAAGAAUUAUACCAAGUAGCAGCGAUCCUGUGGAAUGAAUGAGCCAUGAACUAUAAGCUACAAAGCUGGGGGAUUUACAUUGUGUCUAAUGCUAUUUAGGCUUCAUUUGGGACGGCUUUUUUACUGCUUCUUAAAGCAGUUUUUUAGUACAAAAAUUAAAAUUUAUGUACUAGAAAGCUGCUUUAAGAAGCAGUAAGAAAACCGUUCCAAACGAAGCCUUAAUUAAGCUUUAGGAUCAAAGCUUAGGUGUGAUGGUAUUCUUUUGUACAUUGAAUGUAUGGUUGGCUUAAAAAAUGAAUCAAUUAGAAACAAUGAUCUCAUCCUGAUGGCAGAGGAUUCAUUGAAUAGCCUGGAAGUGCAACUAACCCCUUGGAAGGAAGAGGAAAAAUGUAAUGAAUAUUUUGUUCUCAAACUGCACUUUCAUGCUUUAUAUUUGGCCAUUGUAAAAUAUGAACUCUUUAUUUAACAAAAAAUAAUUAUUUUCUUUAUUUUAAAUA